CCCAUCCACACCAGAGUCGGGAGAGAAGAAAAAGCAGAAAGAGAGCAGCUAGCAGACCGAGGUUUGGCUGCUGAAAAAAACGGGGGGAACCUUCUGCUGCUUUACCGGGAUUAAGAAACGUAUUUCAGGCGGACAUAAGAGCAGUCUCCACCGGGGCUCCCUUUACGACUGAUCCGUGGCUGAAGAGGAUGACGCUCUCCUAGAAUCCCCCCGCUCACAACUCCCCCCUUCAUCCUGGUCCACACCUCCGCCCUCCACCAUGAACCACACCCCCAGCCCCCACCUGUCCGACGGCGGUAAGUCGUCCGGGGGCGGCCUGCUGUGCAGCCUGGGUCUGGGGUCCGACAGGGGGAUCCGCUCCCCGGACAGCCUGAUGCACACCCCGAGCCCCACCGGAGGAACCCCCAGCUCCAGCCCCCCGCUGCUGCUGUCGCCGGGGCUGGGAGGCUUCGGCCUGGGGUCCCUGGGGGCCAUGGGCGACGGAGCCGGGGCCGACUGGGAAAGCAGGGAAGAGCUGAGGCUCCGGGAGCUGGAGGAGGCUCGGGCCCGAGCGGCCCAGAUGGAGAAGACCAUGAGGUGGUGGUCGGACUGCACCGCCAACUGGAGAGAGAAGUGGAGCAAGGUGCGUGCGGAGCGUAACCGUGCGCGUGACGAGGUCCGCCAGCUGAGGCAGCGGCUGGACACCCUCACCAAGGAGCUGACCAGCGUCCGGCGGGAGCGGCAGGAACUGGCCUCUGAGAACGAGACCCUACGGCAGGAGACGCUGCGCCUCCAUGGCGACCACACUCUCGACGCUCCUCCUCCUCCUCCUCCGUCCGCCCCCUCUCCAUCGUCCUCCCCCGCGCACCCUCGCGGCGCUUCCUCCUCUCCAUCCAUACCCCCCUCCUCCCCUGCCUCCUCCUCCUCCUCCUCCUCCUCUCAGGUCCACGCCGACGGCAAGCUGGACAGGGUUGGGGAGGGACCGCCAGGGUCACCGGAGCCAGAACCAGUGCGGGACGUGGACUUGGACGGACAAAAGUUGCAUCAACAGAAGGACUUUGAGGUGCUGGAGUCGGUCCUGCGUUCCAGGGCCCCGGACGGUGACACUCAGGAGGCGUGGGAAAGCCGCGGCGGUGUCAACCCGUCCACCUCGCGCUCAUCAUCCGGUCUGAGCCGGCAGGAGCGCAGCAGGCAGCUGUGGGAGGACAUCGGCACGGUGGAGGAAGACUCCAGCAAACUCAACGCCCUGCAGCUCCGCCUGGACGAGUCCCAGAAAGUCCUGCUGAAAGAGAGAGAAGACAAGCUGGCGCUGAGCAAGAGCAUCGAGAAGCUGGAGGCCGAGCUCACUCAGUGGAAAGUGAAAUACGAGGAGCUCAGCAAGACCAAACAGGAGACCCUCAAACAGCUGAACCUGCUGAAGGACAUGCACCAGGACGAACUGGGCCGCAUAUCUGAAGACUUGGAGGACGAACUGGGAGCCCGGACCAGUAUGGACAAGAAACUGGCUGAGCUACGAGCUGAGAUGGAGAGGCUGCAGGUGGAGAACGCCGCAGAGUGGGGGCGCAGGGAGCGCUUGGAGACGGAGAAACUGGCCCUGGAGAGGGACAACAAGAAGCUGAGAGCUCAGGCCGAAGACCUGGAGGAGCAGCUGGCCAAGAAGCGCCGGCAGGCCGCCUCGGCGCUUGACACCGACCUCAAGGCCAUCCAGACCGAGCUGUUUGAGAAGAACAAGGAGCUCGCCGACCUUCGCCAUGUUCAAGCUAAGCUGAAGAAGCAGUUCCAGGAGAAGACGGUGGAGCUCGCCCACGCCAACCGGCGGGUGGAAAGCCACGAGGCCGAGGUCAAGAAGCUGCGACUGAGGGUGGAGGAGCUCAAGAAGGAGUUGGGACAAGCAGAGGACGAGUUGGAUGAGUCCCAUAACCAGACCAGGAAGCUGCAGAGGUCUCUGGAUGAGCAGGUGGAGCAGACUGAGAACCUGCAGGUACAGUUGGAACACUUACAGUCAAGACUGCGGCGGCAGCAGCAGAGUCCCGGUCUGUUUGGGAAGAUGCGAUCGGCUCGGUUCAGUCCGGAAAACCAGGACGCUCCGACCAGCGACAUGGACGAGGAGGAGGAGGAACUGCAGCUCCAGAUACCAUGACACACACACACACAACCAUAUAGUGAUGCAGGAUAUACUUCUACACGGACAUCAGCAGUCACAUAAAGAAGUUGUAUACCGUUGCUCCUUGGGGGGAAAACUUUGUAUCUCCAGAAAUUGCAACAGGAAGCGGCUGUCUUCUGCUCAACCAGCUUUCUAGUUCUUAAACAGUCUCCAACAUUAUGGGAGUAAUUUACCCGGUGUCAGAUAAAAAGGUCAAUAUCACUUUUAUCUUUUAAAAAAAAGCAAGCUUUGUCAAAGAAAACAGACCCAGAGAAACCACUUAAUUGUUUAUCUGGCGUUCAAACAUGAAAGAGGUGACGUGAUGAAGUUUCCACCCAGCAGCAAUGUGAUAAGAACACACCUGAUCCUUACGCAGAACACACGGACAUUCUCAUAUACACGAAGACACACAAAUGUUUGGACAUACUUGCAUAAACAGGCACACAGCAACAAGGUCAAACCCAGCAGUUUGUGUGUGCCAGACAUUAACGGGACGUCCAGACAACGUAAUGCCGAAUGACGAAGAUCUUUCUUCAACUUCCACCAAACCACUCUAGCAGAGGCCGACACCCAUUCUAACCUCAUAUCAUCACAAGCAUGACACCUGUAUUACGCCUGGUCCCAUCUGAACUGUGCUACUGUAUCCAAUCAAGUGUCAACCCCACAUCUACAUCACCAGUAUUAAUACUUUCCUCACAGCUGUCAGCUGUGAAGAAGCUAUGAGCUUGAAAGUGUUAUUUCAUCACAAGGGAAUAUCAUUUUGAAUAUUGUUUUAGGAAUUUCUCCUCUAAUAUCAAACAUUCAAAUUCUAUUUCCCAUGUAUUUAAAGUUCACAACCAGUGCUGGGAGCACACUAUACCACUUUUAGUCUCAUUAUCGCAGCAAGUUGGAUAGAAUUAGAGCAGCAGUACGUGUGGAGCAGGAUCCUCCGACUUUACCAGGUUUCCUAUUUGUCGCUCCGCAAUCGGUCUCCGCUCAAACUGAGAGAGAACCUGUACCCGAGACCUGAACCCGGCUCUUUCAGAUUUGAGAAACAGAGCCGAGAUGGAGGCUGUAUUUAUAAAGACAAAGUUAUAUGCUUGCUUUGGAAAGGCAUUCACACACAUUAAAAAACAACUAAUCUUAGAACGACUAACACAGAAUAUGGCAGCACCAGCAAGCUUUAGUAGCAGUUCGGGCUAAACCGAAUAUAAUUUAAUUAAAAUUCGAGGAUCCAUCAGUCAUCUAAUUUGAUGACCUCAUCACCCUAAAGACAAACAAAAAGUUUCAUCUUCGUUGGUAUAUAAUAUUGUAUAUAAUAUGAUAUUGGUUAUAUAAAUGUAAUUUAUGGUGCUGUUAGACCCCUUUAAUAUAUGUGGGUGCAGCAAACCUCCUUUUGUAUGAAAGUGGAAAAUUGAAAAUUGUUUUCUAAAAAAAAAACAGAAAAGCUGCACAGCAUUGAAACGUUAAUUUAAAAUUCAAAUGUCAACAUUAUCAAUGAAGCUUGAAACUUUUUGGUACUACUCCAGUGGCAGUACACUCUAAGAAGCCCAUAAUGUGAUCUUAUGUCGAUGACAACAGAACGUCGUCUUCAGAGCCAGUUCUGAAGUAUUGUAAUUGUCAGUAUUGAUCUGCCGACCCCUCACACUGAUGGUUUUAUACAUGAGGGAACGGGACUACCAGCCUGCAGUGUUUGAGGGAAAUGUAACCUAGAUGGAGGAAGGAGUGAAAGGCCUGUAACUGUGUGGACCUUGUAUUCUCCUGUAAGUGUAUUAAGCCUGAUCAUUUCAUGAUGUCGUAGCGUAGUGGGCCUCACGGUGGUUAGCACUGCCCGAAAUAGGAAGAUCUGAUGAUGUAGUGUGUUCCCAGCUCGACUGGAGCUGCUCCUCGACAAUUACUAAUGUAACAGUGUUUUUUAGACAAUAUGUACAUAACCAUGGGCUAAUUUAGAGAAUGUAAAACAUCCUCAUGAAAUGAAGAGAUUGCGGGAUGCAACGGAUCAGUGUUUCUGUGAAGGGGGAUAUGCACCACUAAAGGCCCGUUCACAUCAGCCUUUUGAACUGUAACAUUUUGUGACGAAGUCCAUUUAUUCCAAUGUAAUCUGAACUAUUAGUAGAUUCUCCGUGGAGGGCGAAGUCAUUCUGAUCAAAUCUGAUAGGACUCUGUUGACCAAUUGCAAUCCACUUUUACUUUACUAUUCUCUGUCGGAGUAUUAACUGCCCCUCUGAAGUGGGAGGGUAUGUUGACAGCAGACACAAAAAAUGGCACAAAAAAACUGCGUUACCUUAUUGGUGUUACCCAUUAGCAACCAGGCUAAGGAGCUUGCAAACUGACAGUUAGAAACUUAGCUUUUUCCCUAUUCAAAAACUCUUGACUGAAUGAAAUGAUGUUCAUUCUUGAUAACGACAUUUCAUGGGGAAAGGAGAAAAUAUAUAAUAUACGAUUGGCAAUAGCUAGCAUGUUCCCAGCUGGCAAGCAUGUCAGUGGUUCGCCGGCAAGAUGCAGUUGUUCACCACUUAACCCUGCAAUCAGUCCCUACACCGCCUAUUAGAAAAAUGACUUUCUUCAAUCGCUCUCUGGUGUGACCGGUUCUUAAUCAUAUACAUCAUAUUCAAAAGCAGGAAAUUGGAGGCAUUGUGUGUUAAGAGGAAAGGAUUCAAAGCUCAAUAUGGUUCCUUGAUUCAUUCGAGGUUCAACAAGGAAAAUUCCCCACCUUUUUAUGUGGAUAUCCAAUCAGUAUUGAUGGUAAAUGUAUUCUACUGAAGCAGGCGAGCAGGAGAACUCCGCUUUUUCGGUCAUUAUAGCACUGAGGAAUUUUUUGCUUCCAUUUACCAUCAAAACUGAUUGGACAUCCACAUGAAUAUGGCGAAUAUUAAAAUUAAAAUUAAAAUUCAGUAUUAAUAUCCAGUUAUUCCCUCAGGACUGUAUUCAGUUGGGGUGGAAACGCCCCCCAAAGCAGCAUUUAGACAUAACGAGAUAAUGAAACACUCACUGAAACCGAUGCCAGUAAAAUUAUUGUAGGCUCAAUACUCCCGGGCUCUUUUAAAAUGGCCCAAGUAUUCAACAGGAGGAGGAGUUUUGGAUACACUGGGUGUUGGACCGAAGAGUUAAUUUAUUUGUACAAAACUUGGCCGGGAUAAAUCUCCCGCCUGUGAAAUAGGUCCAGUCUAGCGGAGGAUACAUGCAGUUGUGAAAGCAAUAAAACUUUCAUUUAUCUUCCACCACCAUCAGCAGUCACUCUCUGCCUCGGCCUCAUCUCUGACGCUGGAAAGGGGACCAAGAUAUUUUUACUGAUCAGGACUCUGAACUAUUUAUCUUGUCGUUGUUACGGUUUAGUUUUUAUAAAUGAUCUGUACCACAGUGGUUUUAUAUUGGCUCUAUAAAUGUCAACUGUACAUAUAAAGAAAUUUGAGUCACUGUGUCUUUUUUGUCUCCAUACUGUAUGUAUUCAUAAUGUAUGUGUCAGAGUAAUCCUGUCUUUUGUCUGAAGGACCUUUUCAGACCAGUGGCGCCUCAGUGCCUGUAAAUUCGAAGUUGUUCUCUUUAACGUUUCUCUAAAAUGUACAGUUUUCCUAAAUAGGCGGAGUCAGUGAUUUCUCAGAGACCAGCAGGAAUUUGAGGAAGUUGCCAUGGUAGUGCUGGUAAUGUUCAUGCUCACGUUAAUCAAAUCUUUAUUGGACACUUGUUGUUGUCGAGACACUUUCCUGUGUGUUCAUUUGUUCUCCGGUGAACAACUAGUCGACUAGUCUACUGAAAGAAAAUCAAUACUGUAACGCCGGGGUUUUCAAAGAUUGAAGUGUAAAUUGUCAGAGGUAAAAAGCCAACGUCAGGCAGUAAACAAACCACCCCGGUUGCACAACUUCACUUCACCACCAUGAAACUAAAGACAAACUUGUGUUUGGCUUGGUGACGUUUUGUAGUCUCAUUUGGCCGCUUGUUAGCAACCGCCUUUUUUAUGACGCGCAAAAGCUUGAAAACUAAAGAGUGGGGUAUUUAGUGACGUAUUUUCUAGAACAAAGUUUUAAAAUCUCUUUAGCUCUGUUAACUACGGACCUUAUUUCAGGCAUCUAAACAAAAACCCAUUCAAAAAACCCAUUGACUUCAAGCCUAUGGAAUUGGAAACACAAAAGUGCUGACACAUUUCAGUUUUUUUUGGGGGUGAUAUGUCUUAUGUUAAAUGUUAAGUGUCUUUAAAGUGUAUUUAAAGUAGACAAUUCUGCAGGGAUAUGUAAAUGAUUGUUCUGAUUCCGAGUGAGUGAGUGGGGGGUUCGGGGCCUCGUUUAUGACCCCAACUGCAGUUGGGAAGAAGCUGUUUUUCUGGCUCCUGCCAGAGGGCAAGUGACUCAAACUGUUUGUGUCGAGGGUGAGAAGGGUGUGCCACAAUCUAACCCUUCCCCCUCCUCAGGGUCCUGGAGACGUACGAGUGGUGGCGGGACGGCAGAUUGCAGCCGAUCACCUUCUCAGCAGAGCAAACGAUGCGCUGCAAUCUUCCCUCGUCUUUGGCAGUGGCUGCAGUGUACCAGAUGGUGAUGGAGGAGGUUUUAGGACUCAAUCCUGCAGCACUAUAGGGUACCUAAUCCUGUAAAGAAAGUUACUCAGUCAAUUAUGAACACACAGACAUGAUACACGUUUAAAUUCAGUGUGACUUACAUUUUCUAUUUCCAUUGGGAAUAGAGGCUUGGAUAUCAUAGAAAAAGAGAGACUUCUGAAUUUGCUUGUGAAUCAUCCUGUUUUUAAGUCUCUUCAGUAUCAAAGUCAUCCAGUGACAGCUUUCUGUACAUCCAUGGGUAAUAUACAAACAGGAGCUGCUAAUAGCUGUUUGGGCAUAAUUUUAAUGGUGCCAAUUUGCAAAUAUAGGCUGAAAAGAAUUGGACCACAGUGACAUUGAAAACCCCUGUUAUUUUAAAAUGGCCAGUGAAGUCUGCCUCAAGUGAUUCCUUAUUUUUAUCGUCAAGGACUGCCUUCAGUUGCUCAUUAGGAUAAAGCUAUUCAUUUUAGAAUGUGCUUCAAAGGUAUAUGGAACUGCAAUUUAGUAUUGCAGUAGUAUUUCUGUUAAAAAUGUAUAGUCUCGGUGCCCAAGUCAGUUUGGUCUGUGGCCAUACGCCUGAGACAAUGAUGCUCCCAUCCAUCCACCCCUACCACCACCCUUUGCAGAUUUGUUGCUUUUUAAACUGUGUUACAUCACUUCCAUCUUCACUCCCGGCAUAACUACGGCCGCAUAGAGUGAAGUGAGAACAGGCUAGUACAGCAUAUUACAUUACAUAUUUCAGUUAUUUGAUUCAACAUUAGCAACAAAAGCUUGAAAGGUGCGCCCAUUAGAGUGCCGAUCUGGGCCAGGUGUUGUAUGACCACUGCUGUAUUGUGUGAUUGAAUGAAGACAACCCACGAUUGGCUAACCCCAGUCUAGACAGUGAUGCCCUCUAAGGCGUUGUAAGCGCACUCCAAACUCAAAAAGGUUGAAGUAUAAGACAUUUCAUACAAUACACUGAACCUGAGAGCAGCAGCCGAGAGGUGUGCAGCAGUAUUUGUAUUGGUAAUUAUGUUAACUAUUAGAAAAACA